UCGCUAUCACUUCUGGCUUCCGCCAAUCGAUCAGCGGCGGUCUGCUGCCUUCCGCCAUCGCCCAGGACGCCGUCCGGCUGCUUUCUGCGGUUUCCGCCGGUCGCCCAGAUGCUGCCUUCCACCAUCGGCGACUGCCAGGUGCUUAGGAAGUCGUUUAUUUCUCAAUCCUCGUUAUGUCUUCGAGAAACAGAAAGCAGGAUUCUGGUUGUAAAAAGUGUAAGAAAAAGGCAAAAGAUAGUAGCGCAAGCUCAAUCUCAAAAGGGUGCUCUUGACAAAUUUGUUGUGAAAGAAUUUCCGUUAAAUUCUGAAAAUCAAACUCCCAAUAUUGUCUUGGAGAAGAUUAGUAUGAAGAUAUUGAAGAUCUCAUUUCAAGAAAUACUAGAUGGAUUCUGCUUUUUGGUAGAACAUGAGAUGGUCACAUCAUUUUGUAGUGAGAGUGUUUACGAUGAAAAAGGGAACCUUCUAGAAGAAAAGCCCGCCGAUUCCUUGGAUGCAGCUGCGAGGAAGAAGAUUUCAACAGUGCGAAACAAGUUGGAAGAUCUAAUUCAAAGAGCCAAGCAAUCAGAUGAAGGCAUGGACUUUUUGGUAGCAAGUGUUCUGAGCAUUGAGGAGCCUCUGAACCAAAUGGUUCCUAAUGCAGUCAAGCACACUAGGCAAGAGGAAUACGAGGCGUUUAUUGGUUGCAACAUUCCUACUCAAGUUGACAUACACCCGCCAAAUGAUGCUCAUUUGGUAGGGAGAUGUAAAAGAAUAAAAAGAGGAAAGGAAAUGAACGGGGAAAAACAAAAGGAGAAGAACAAAGAAGCCAAGGCCAAGGUUGCAUGCUUGUGCAAGACAUGCAACCAAAUAGGUUUUCAUGGUAGUCGCAAUUGUCCAACCAAAAAAGGUCAAGGAAAAGAAGCCAUGAAUGUGCAACCCAUUCUUCCAAAUGGUGCAGCAUCAUAGCUAAAAGUCUUUGAGGAAGGAGAUGAAUUUUGAAUCCCAUUUAUUCGGUUUAGUGAAAUUUGAAUUUAUGUAAUGGAUGCCAACUUGUGCUUUGUCCAAAUAUUUAAGUUAUUUAUAUCACACUUGAUUCUGAACUCUAUUCAUCAAUUGUUGUCACAGAAAAGUACAUGUGCUGAAUAUACUUGAGAAUGCUUGGUGCCGCUGCUUCAUAAAUGUUCUGUAGUUUUCCCUGUUUAUUAA